CUCACAAUCUGGGUAUAGAACUUGGUCAGGCGUGGUUGCCCAUUAUUGUUGAAGACGAGGACAGCGUUGAUCAUGCUUGCGAAACUGGGAGUAACCGGGGAAAGAUACAGUCAGGUACAAUGAUCUCGAAAACGUUCAAUCGCUUCUGUGCCGCUCAAACCUGCCAGUGCAGAGGGCGCUUCAAUAACAAUCCGGUGCUGGAGCUCUUAUCAGAGUUGAUGCGGCGGGGUCAGUCGGGGACGGAGAUCGCGGCGGAAGUUCAACGUGUUUGGUUCCACCUGAGCUUUGCUUGAGGCGGAGGUACUUAGAAAAUCUGGAGAAACCCAAGAUCUAGGUAGAUUUUGGUCACUCCCUACUCAUUGCAUUCCCUCUCUGUAUAAAGAUCCUUGUCUCAGAACUAGAAGAACCAGUCAGCUAUAAUGAAUAAGCCCAUUAUUUGCAAAUUCUGUCUGCGUCGGACACCGCAAUACCUCUCCGCGCGGCGAUUCUCGUCCGCAAUCGCCCCGAACAGCGAUCCUACGACCCCGACGAAGAUACCUCUUCGCGACCUUUCUGCCUCCGAUCUUUCUUAUUACUGGGAUACACCCGCGCCCAAUGCGUCUCAACUCGCUUACGCGGAAAAAUUCUUCGCUCCAUCGCGACACGGGCCGAUCAAGCUAUGGUCAGCUGCGAAAUUCCGAACCACGCCUCUCUCGUCGAUAGAGCCUGAAGUAGCCUUUCUCGGACGAUCGAAUGUUGGCAAGAGCUCGCUGUUGAAUGCAGUAAUGGGUAGGGAAAUGUGCUGGACGUCUUCCAAACCAGGAAGAACGAGAGAAAUGAACGCGUUCGGUAUCGGAGGUACGAAGGGCGGAGAAUCGAAAAUUGUCUUGCUCGACAUGCCCGGCUAUGGCAAGGCUAGUAGAGAGGAAUGGGGGACGGAAAUUAUGAAAUAUCUUAAAGAAAGGAAACAACUUCGACGAGCUUUCCUCUUGAUCGACAGCGCGCAUGGCCUGAAGAAGAUCGAUGAGGACCUCCUGAUGCUAUUCAGACGAUACGCUAUUCCCCACCAGAUCGUCGUAUCCAAGGUCGAUAAGUUCCUAUUCAAGAACAAGAAACAGGCAAAAAGCGGAGUGGCACCGGCGAAUAUUAUGAAGUUGCAGGAGACGCUUCACAAUCUCAGACCGCUGGUCCAACCUGACGGUCGAUUGGAAGGUCCGGGAGCACUGGGUGAAAUCGUGACUUGCAGUGGAGAGACUUCGAUAGGACCAGGUCAGAAGUUAGGUGUCAACGCGCUGCGUUGGGCUAUUUUAUCCGCUGCUGGGUUUGAUGGCAAUGUGGAAGCGAGGCGAGAGAUCAUCCCGCAGGGAGCAUCAAUCGAAGAACGAGCACCAUCUGGGCCGUGAAUAUUCAUCUCGCAGUAGAGAAUGGAACUCUACAUCGUAGGACGCAGCCUGGACUGCCUUCCCACCCUACUGAAGCUAACAUAGCAAACGCGAAGGAUGCCUAAAUACUAGAGCGCCGAGUCUCCCGUUGUCCAGCAUGGCCCGGCGACAAGGAAGUCGAGUAAGCGUAAAGGAUGUAUAUUCCUGACAUCCUACUCGAUCAGGGAAACGCUCGUGUUCCACUCAAUGCGAUUGAUAGCAUCU